UGAACUGUCCAAUUAUCCGAUCUCGAAUUGGGAGUUUUCCGGCAGUCUCCAACCGCCACUUGCGCAGACCUUUAGGACGUUUCAUCAUCGCCCCCUCCUGGCCCGACGAUGAAUCAGUUGGGCGAAAAAUGCAAUCCGGAUUUCUUCUCUCUUUGAUAUAUUCCUCUUAAUUCCUAUCUAAUCUUCCAUUCUACGCGCAGACGUUGCAUCUUUACCCUUCUGAUCAUCCUAUCCUGUUCUCCCCGCAUUAGCCAUGGGCAAACCUCGGAUGAUCAUCCUGAUUCGCCAUGCGCAAUCGGAAGGGAAUAAGAAUCGCGAAAUUCACCAGACGGUGCCGGAUCACCGCGUGAAGCUGACGCCGGAAGGCCAUCGACAAGCACGAGAAGCUGGCCGCAAGCUGCGUGAGCUGUUGCGGCCCGAUGAUACCCUUCAUUUCUUUACUUCGCCCUAUCGUCGCACGCGGGAGACGACAGAGGGGAUUCUCGAAUCGCUGACGUCCGAUGACCCGACGCCAUCGCCUUUUCCGAGACAUACUAUCAAAGUGUAUGAGGAGCCACGGCUCCGAGAGCAGGACUUUGGCAACUUCCAGCCAUGUUCCGCCGAGAUGGAACGCAUGUGGCAAGAGAGAGCGGACUAUGGGCAUUUCUUCUACAGGAUCCCUAACGGGGAAUCAGCUGCGGAUGCCUAUGACCGCGUCAGCGGUUUUAAUGAAUCUCUCUGGCGGUUGUUCGGCGAAGAUGACUUUGCCAGUGUCUGCAUCCUUGUCACCCAUGGUUUGAUGACCCGCGUGUUUCUGAUGAAGUGGUAUCACUUCAGCGUCGAGUAUUUCGAGGACCUGCGGAACAUCAACCACUGUGAGUUCGUGGUGAUGAAAAAGAACCCAGACAACGGCAAAUAUGUGCUCCAGAACAAACUGCGCACGUGGUCUGAGCUCAAGAAGGAGAAGGAACUUGAGCGGGAGCUGGAGCUGGCGGAGAAGGGCUUGAAGCCUGCUCCAGUCACUCCGUCUGAUGGACCGAUACCCGUGCGGCGGAGAUGGGGCGGUUGCCCGGACGGUUGUGACCACGGACUGGUGAAGACCUGGAGAGACAAGCCGAGGAGACAAAACACGAUUGACUUGUUCCGCGAUGAUGACGAUGGUGAUGAGACGAGUGACGCCGGAAAAGAGACGCAGAAGCAGGACCGGUCUAAAGCCUCUUCGGAUACGAAGACGAGGGCCAACCUGGCUUCUGUCUCGAGAAGCCUUUCGGGACGCAAAAAGAGCGACCUGGCUAUAGUAGCAUACAAGCGCGAGGCCAUCGAUGAAAUGGUCUCUUCUCCAGACCAAACGCCCUCGUAUAUCUCGCUGGCUGCCCUCACACACCAAAACCGUCCGGAUAGCCCGGCCGGUACGUCUGAAGAUGACGGGCGAGCACGACGGCCGUCUCUCUCCAGACGUCCGCCGAUAGAGAAGAAGAAGAGAAGUGAUCUUUCCCACCUCCGUCCUGAUACCGACGAUGAACGGUCUCCUGCCUCCCGAGGGCUCGCGCUCCGUCACCUAGGCGGCCGUGACGGCGGUGGCUCAAACAGCGGUGUAAACAGCCUUGUGCCAUCUGAUGAAGAGGGGGAUCACCCUAUCGAAUUUGUCGAGGAUCCUGCUCAUUAUAUAGAGGACGAUGGCGACGGAGACGACGAAAGUGGUGGCCAACGCCGAGCCAGGCGCGGUCGACAACAAGAACAACAUCAUCACCACCACCAUCAUCACCAUCAUUAUCACACUCAUGCAGAGCCCUCCGAGCACAAUAAAGCCGAAAAUAGACAAGUGGAGGCCGAUGUUCUGGGCGACGGAGACAAUGAAACACCAACAGUCCCCAACGACGUCCCUGAGCCAGACCAGGGAGUCCCAGUAGGGGAAGAGACAUUCGAAGAAGAAAAGCGCGAAGGCCAAAGCAUCCGGCAGACUGUUUACUGAUGUUCAUUUCUCCCUCGUUCUCCUUGAUCUUCUUCUCACGCCCGACCCGUCCACGCUACGAAAAUCACGGCUACGAAACGAUCCAUCCAUGCAAUUGAGACCCCCACGCUUGAUACUCGAUGCUUUCCAUUUAUGAAUCUGCAUUAGAUCUCUUCUUCUUCUCUUCAUCUGUCGAAUUUGCCAUGA